ACGACAUUUCUAGUUAAAUUAUUUCGUCCUUCAACAAAUCAAACAUAGAGAGAGCCUGACGAAUAACGAUGAAGAAUCUUACCAGACUUACACCAUUUUCUCUUUCCUCAUAUCUUCUUCGAACCCUAACUACUUCUAGUUCUUCAAUAACAAAUUUCUCUUUGAAGAAUGUUACUAAAUCAAAUUUUGAUGAAACCCUACUUAAUCUCACUACACAUGUCAAAGAUGCUGAUUUCGUCGCCAUUGAUCUUGAAAUGACCGGAGUUACAAGCUCCCCUUGGCGUGAAGCUUUUGAGUUCGAUCGUUCCGACAUUCAAUACCUUAAAGUUAAAGAUUCAGCUGAGAAAUUCGCCGUUCUUCAAUUUGGUGUUUGUCCAUUUCGUUUUGAUUCAUUAAGGAAUUCAUUCGUUGCUCAUCCGCAUAAUUUUUAUAUAUUUCCACGUCAAGAGCUUUCUGCUGAUGGCCCAGCAUAUGAGUUUCUUUGCCAGACAAGUUCUAUUGAUUUCUUGGCAAAAUAUCAGUUUGACUUUAAUGUUUGCAUACGUGAAGGAGUGUCUUAUUUAUCCAGAAGUCAGGAAGACGAGGCAUUGAGUCGAUUGAAUUCAAUAUAUAACGGGAAAUGGCAAAGUACUGGUGAAAUUAAAGAUGUACCUUUGGGCAAUGUAGCUGAUAUUCUUUUCUCAGAACGAAUGAAAAAUCACCUCAGUGAGUGGCAUGAUAUGCUGCUGUUGAACAGAAAGGCUGUGCUUCCAACUCUUCCAAGUGCUAUUGAAUCUAAACAACAAUUUGAAACCAUAUUUUUAAGGAUGCGUCCGGCUCUAAGAUUGAAUGGCUUCACUUCUCAUCAACUGAAGUUGAUUGAACUGGUCACAAGAAAGCAUUUUAAGGAUCUCGUUUUCAUCUGUGCUUAUGAUGAAAGUUCCAUUUUCCAGAAGCUUGUUGUAUAUGUAGAGUCUGAAAAUGACAAGAUCAGGCUUAUGGAGGAAGUGAAGAAUGAGUCUCAGCAGCAAGCGAGGAAAAACUUAAAAGCCGCCGCAGGGUUCCGGCAUGUCAUUGACCUCCUCUCUGCCGAACAAAAGCUAAUUGUGGGUCACAAUUGCUUUUUAGAUGUGGCGCACAUGUACCAUAAAUUCAUCGGUUCUCUUCCGCCUUCUGUUGAAGAAUACGUGUCAAGCAUUCACAAGUCUUUUCCUCACAUAGUUGACACAAAAGUAAUGUUGAAUGUGGACCCAAGCCUUCAACUCCUUGUGAAUAACGCUAGCACAUCAUUGGCCUCUGCAUUUUCUCUGCUGUGUCCUGAAAUAGCUUUUGUAGAUUUGCCUCAUGUGGGCAUACAUCCAUGUGUGAAGGUGGAGGUCCAGGUGGAUGACAUGAGGUCCUCAAAUUGGAACUCUGGAGCCAGACAUGAAGCUGGCUAUGAUGCGUUCAUGACUGGUUGCGUCUUUGCACAAGCGUGCAGCCAUCUGGCCGUUGAUUUUUCUUCUGAGAAGGUUACGGACUGUGAGAACCUUCAAAAGUACGUCAAUCUGCUUUAUCUUAGUUGGAAUAGCGGAGAUGUGAUCAAUCUAAGCACUGGCAGCAUCAAUGAAACUCUUGUCUCUUUUGCUAAGAAGAGGCUUCGUAAAAUUUUGCAUCAUAACACAAUUUUGAUUUGGGGAUUCCCUUCAAAACUCAAGGUAGGAGAUAUUAAACUAUGCAUCUGUAAAGUGCUCGGCAUGCACUCAGUUGCUUGCAUCUAUAAGUUGGAUGAAACUGCAGUAUUUGUUCAGUUUAGUACCGCAGACUUGGCCGCUAGUUUCCUUGCCUUGAAGAAAAGAUUAGAAACGUGUGAUGAAUCCAUCUCGGUUCUACAUCCUUUAUCGAAAUUGUUGGAAGGAGGAAACACGUGCGCUGCUGGUUAUGAAAUUUACAAGGAUAUCUGCAGCUCCUCAAUUUCUAAGGUCCUGUUUGCUGAGCAAGUGGAGGCAAUCGGAAUCGAUUGGAAGACCAAACUAAUGGAUGAAUCUGAAGUAGUCGAACAGAGCCUUGAUCCAGAACAGUUGAUCGUGAAAUCUGCAAGGUCAAGCCUAUCCGCAAUGGAUCUUUUGAAAUCGAGGAAAAUCAAGAAUGAUGUCCAACAUAGUACACCUAAUCAAAGUUUAUUCGAGAAAUUUAUUAACUCGAUCGUCUGAAUCCAAGAGUCGAAGAGAUGAAAAUAAUGAAAUUUUGUAAUUUAUAUGUGAUUCAUUAAUUGAAAACAUUAGAUAUUAUAAUUAGUCUCAAACUCAUACUCAAAAUAUCCCUGUAUCAUUUUGUAGCACUAGCAAUCACAGAAGAAAUUUUUU